AUGGCCGCUCAAGUGCACCAUCCACAUCACCGCAAUAUAAUUGUGAUCCCGCGAGAUAUCUACCAAAAGUGUACAGAGGACCAUAUCAUGUCCCGGACACGCAUGGUCGCCAGAGGAGCUACCACUCGAGCUCGCAAUGCCUCCUCACAACGUCUCUGGAACGCCUCCACGGCGCAGAACCGUCAAGAUUCGACGACAAAGACCAAGGGUCGCCACUACCCUGCCCGUGGUGAACAACAGACUGUUGCCUCCAGCCGGCCGACCAACACCGACCUCGUUGCCGCUCCUUCGUCUUCCUCCUCUACACAUUCAACCUCCAUGUCACACGCCUCAUCCCCUUCACUCUGCUCGUCCCUUUCGUCGUCGUCGUCCUAUUCGUCCUAUUCAUCCUCUACGUCCUCCCUCGAAAACACCACGCCCUCCGUAUGUAUACCUGCUCAAGAUGGCAACAACAGGUACACCAGCCAAGGCGCGGGCGCCCUUCCUCAUUCGACUGUCACCAUUGGCGGCCAUAUCACGACGAUCCACCUCCGAAACCUUGCUCUCCUCCCUCCCAAGAAGCGGAAACUCUCCGCAGUUACUACCAACAACUACAAUACCGCACAUGCCACCGCUGCCGCCAAUGACAGGAAUGACGAGGCGUCAUUGCCCAGUGCCAAGCGAUACCGUGAAGAUUCACCAUCUUCGCGCCUCUUCCCAAGUAGCAUUACAAAUAUGGUCCGGAGUGCUAUGCCGCCACGGGAAGUCAUUGUCAUCUCCUCUGACAUCUCCUCUGACGAGGAGGAAGAAGAGGAUGUCAACAGCCAUGCCGCAGCCGCCAUCCUCCACAUCAACACAACCACCAGCGCUGCCGCUGCGGCGGCCGACCCAUCAUACAAGUACGACCUCGAGCCUGCCCAUCGCCGGAUCGUCGAGUCGAUCUUCCCCCAGUUUGAAGAACACCACAAGGCGACGCUGGAACGAGCUUUCGCGACUAGCAGAGUGCUGCGUGAGAACUAUAUUGUCAAGCGAUAUCUCGGCAGUGGAGCCAGUGGGUUUGUUUUGGCGGCCAAGCGGGCCUUUGACGGACGCGAGGUCGCGAUAAAGGUGAUCCCUCACACUGGGGACCAUGUGGAGCAAAAGGUGCAGAGGGAGCUGAGCAUCCUGCUCAAGAUCAAGGAGCACGAAAACAUCCUCGCCUUCCUGGAGCACUUCACGUCUUCCCUUUACGGUGACAUUGACCCCGAGGACCAGUCGAACAAGGACAUCUCAUACAUUGUCACCGAGAUGGCCGGCUUUUCCCUCUUUGACUUUAUCGAGCUCCACAAGCCAGACCAAGACGAAGAUACGUCGACGAGAGCCAAGAACAUCCAGGACGUGCCCCGGAUAGAUUCCCUUCCGCCUUCGAUUUACGGAUCUUCGAUCCAAGAGGAUGCGCUCCGUUCCAUUUUCACCCAACUAGCACUUGCGCUUCACUCUCUCCACUCGCAGUCGAUCGUCCAUGGUGACAUCAAAGACGAGAAUGCGCUCAUCAGUCUGGAUCGAGCCACCGGUACCUACCGCGCCAAGUUGUGCGAUUUCGGCCACUCCAAGUACCUGCAGCCAGGCAGCUCUGCCUGUUUCUCGUUCUACGGAACCACGAUUUUGGCACCUCCAGAGAUGGACUCGAAUGUUGCUACCCGGCAGAGGAGCAAAGAGGCCAAUAGUCGUCGUGCAGCCGCUGGUGGAUCCUCGCAGAGUAACCAGACCCCGACUUGGGACUUGUUCUAUGGAUACGAGGCUGAUGUGUGGGCGUUGGGCUUGACGCUUUAUACGAUGGUCCACGGCGAUCUGCCCAAGGAGUUGUACGAGACUGACAAGAAGCGUCUUGCCGCCUACAAGCGCAAGCGUGCCUCCCACCGCAUGUUUCCCUUUACCAUCCAGGAUAGCAUCGACCCUGACCUGAAGGACUUGUUGAAGCACAUGCUUGCAGUCGAUCCCUCCCGACGCCUGUCGAUGAGCGAGGUUGUCAAACACCCAUGGAUGGUCAAGACCUCUCCCUAA